CACUCGCACAAAACAGCCAAGAUGGAGGCCAUCAAGAAGAAGAUGAUGAUGUUGAAGCUGGAUAAGGAGAAUGCUCUGGACCAGGCAGAGCAGGCCGAGACCGAUAGGAAAGCGGCUGAGGAGAGAAGCAAACAGCAUGAAGACGAGCUGAUUCAGAUGCAGAAGAAGCUGAAGGCCACAGAGGAUGAGCUGGAUAAGUAUUCAGAGGCCCUGAAGGACGCCCAGGAGAAACUGGAGAUCGCUGAGAAGAAGGCUGCUGAUGCUGAAGCCGAGGUGGCCUCUCUGAACAGGCGUAUCCAGCUGGUUGAGGAGGAGCUGGACAGAGCUCAGGAGAGACUGGCCACAGCCUUACAGAAGCUGGAAGAGGCAGAGAAGGCAGCAGAUGAGAGCGAGAGAGGCAUGAAGGUGAUUGAGAACAGGGCACUGAAGGAUGAGGAGAAGAUGGAGUUGCAGGAGAUCCAGCUGAAGGAAGCCAAACACAUUGCAGAGGAGGCUGACCGCAAGUACGAGGAGGUGGCUCGUAAGCUGGUGAUCGUUGAGGGAGAGCUGGAGCGCACUGAGGAGAGAGCCGAGCUUGCCGAAGCUAAAAAGAAGCAGUUGGAGGACGAGCUAAGAGUGCUGGACCAAACACUGAAGACUCUGCAUGCUUCUGAGAACAAGUAUUCCCAGAAGGAAGACAAAUAUGAGGAGGAGAUCAAGAUCCUGACUGAUAAACUGAAAGAGGCUGAGACUCGUGCCGAGUUUGCCGAGAGGUCCGUAGCCAAGCUGGAGAAGACCAUCGACGACCUGGAAGAUGAGCUCUAUGCUCAGAAACUCAAGUACAAGGCCAUUAGCGAAGAGCUGGAUCACGCCCUCAACGACAUGACCUCUAUAUGAUAACUUUCUGGACUUUCCUCUGACUGGCUUUCUUGGAAAAUAUCCUGCUCUCAGCCUCGUCUUCAUCCUGACCGCUCGCACUCGUCUUCUUCAUCCUCCUGUUUGUUUGUUUUUCCCUCUCUCUGUAUCUCCAGGUUGAUGUAUCUCUUUUCUUUCCUGCUUUAUGUUUACGUCUAUAUUUAUGAUGCGUUGUCUUUUCUUUUCCCCGCUGUAUUGUAAUGAUAUCAGCCACUUGUUCUGUCCUCCUGUCCUUUUGUCUUCAGGCUGUAUUUUGACGCUGUCUGUACAUGCUAAAUGAAGGGAGGGGUUGAAAGAAAACUUUUGUGUUUUAAAUGUUUUUGUCUCCCUUUUUCCCCCUCCACAUGCCACAUCACCGUUAUGUUUUUAUUGCCCUGUGUGUCCUGAUCCAGAAAAGUUCUUACUUUAUUAUGAAAGAAUAAAAAACAUGCUGGGGAUUGUGCUGCUAAAGGAAAACUAUCCACUCUUGGGGGACAUACCACAGCAAUUUUAAACAGUUACUGUGGAAACUAUAAAAUGGAGGGGGGGGGUAAAUAUACACUAUAUUGCCAAAAGUUUUGGGACGUCUGCCUUUCCAUGCACAUGAAUGUAAUAUGGAGUUGUCCCGCCCUUUGCAGCUAUAACAGCUUCAACUCUUCUGGGAAGGAUUUCCACAAGGUUUAGGAGUGUGUUUAUGGGAAUUUAUGACCAUUCCUCUAGAAGCACAUUUGUGAGGUCAGGCGCUGAUGUUGCAUGAGAAGGUCUGGCUCACAGUCUCCACUCUAAUUCAUCCCAAAGGUGUUCUGUGGGGUUGAGGUCAGGACUCCACACCAAACUCACUCAUCCAUGUCUUUAUGGUCACUGGUAUGCAGUCAUGUUGGAACAGGAAGGGGUCAUCCCCAAGCUGUUCCCACAAAACAUGAAAUUGUCCAAAAUGUCUCGAAGCAUUAAGAGUUCCUUUCACUGAAUUCAAUGAUUUGGUGGGUUGUCCCAAAACUUUUGGCAAUAUAGUGUGUAAGUCAGUGAUUUUGAGUUAUUAAAACUAAUCUUUUGAAAAUGAAGACUUAAAACUGGACUUGAAAUGGCAGGUUAUAGAUCAGAUUAAUGAGGCAUAUGUUAAAUACAGGCAGUGUUGUGAAACUGAGCGUUUGUGCACCACACAAAGGUAAAAAAUUCAAAUAAAAACGACUAAAUCUUUCACACAUUAACCCUUACAUAAAUACUAAAAUCAUGAAUAUCCUUUAUCCCUUCAAAUUUGUUCAUUGAGUCAUCAAAUUUUAUUUAUUUAUAGUCAUUUUUUUUGUACAUGAUGGGAGCUCAUUCCAUUCAGACGUGAUGUGAAGGAAGGUCGAACAGCUCAUUAAUGGCCAUGGCCCUUUUCCUGACCAACCCUAACCCUUGCGGAAAUCUCUUUACCCAAAACUUAGCAGUGAUUAAAAACAGCUUUCCUCAUUUUCCCCACCCUGCUUUCAUCAUUUUAGAAGUUGGGAAAGUUUAUAAUACACGAGCGAGGUUAAUUUGCACGUCGUACACAUCCUGUAGGCAUUUGGCAUGCCACUUGUGCGCUUCCUCAAAAACGUCCUCGUGAUGCAAUUCCGACAUAAUUAGUGGAGGCAGGAAAGCAGCAUGUGUCGGAGACGCAGCAGAAUAAACACAUCGCAUACUCUCUGGUGCUACUCUCGACUGUUAUCGAGGACCAGAGAUGAAUUUUUAAAACAUCUUAAAUAUGGUGAAAGGUUUGUUUUGGAUUUUGUAGAGGAGUAUUUAUGAAUAUACAGAGAAGGUGUUUGACUCGAUAAGCAGAUCAUGGCGACAAACACGUAGACAGCUGAAAGUUAUAGAGAGAAACUGAUCUCAUCGCUGUUUUUAAAGUGGAUGAACUUCCGCCUGUUAGACUUGGGAACCCAAUGUAUCGGCUAUGAGGCUCCUUUCAUUCCUCUUAGUCCAGAUGUACACUAGCAAGAAUGGGACCAAAUGCUUGUGUAGAGAAAAGAUGCGCACAUGUACAUACGGUGACAGUGAAGUAUAGUUACACCUUACUACUUCUGGCUUAAAGUCAGGACACUGUAUGUGAUUAGCCACUGCACUUUGAUUGGUCAUAUUUUCAUCAAAACCUUCUCAGAUUGUUUAGGGUCGCGGAUUAUAAAUCACAGAAUACCUCAUGAAUAAAUGAUUUUAUUAUAUUCAUAGGCACAUGAACUUGAUGGAGGAAAGGAAGGACUGAUGGAUGGAUGGAUGGAAGGAAUGCUGGUUGGAAGAAUGGAUGUAAGGAAGGGUGGAUGGUUUGGAUGGAUUGAUGGAUGGAAGGAAUGCUGGUUGGAUGGAAGGAUGGAUGGUUGGAAAGUUGGAUGGAUUGAUGGAAGGAAGGAAUGAUGGAUGGAUAGAUGGAUGGUUGUAUGGAUAGAUUAAAUAAAUGAUGGAUGGAUUGAUGGAAGGAAGGAACAAAGGAAGGAUGGGUGGGUGGAUGGAUGAAAUAAAUGAUGGUUGGAAGAAUGGAUGAGGAAGGAAGGAACAAUGAAAGGAUGGAUGAAUGGAUGAAAUGAAUGAUGGUUAUAUGUAUGAAUGGUUGGAAAAAUGGAUAAGAAAGGAAGGAAUGAUGGUUGGAUGUAUGAAUGGUUGGAAAAAUGGAUAAGAAAGGAAGGAAUGAUGGUUGGAAAAAUGGAUGGAUAGAUGGAUGAAAUGAAUGAUGGUUGGAAGAAUGGAUGGAGAAGGAAGGAAGGAACGAAGGAUGUAUGAAAGGAAGGAAGAAUGGAUGGUUGGAAGGUUGGAUGGAUGGAAGGAAGGAUUGAAGGAAAGAUGGCAGAAAGGAAGGAAUGUAUUAACUAAUUAACUUCAUGCAAAUAGUAGAAAUUAUGCAAAUAUGUACAUCAAUAAAUAAGGGUCCGUUAGUUGUGCAGAGAAGUACGUGCAAGUUUUAUUUACAGCACAUAAUGUGUAAAAAAUAUAUAAUUUUAUAUUUGUGCAAUAUGUGGAUAGAUAGAUAGAUAGAUAGAUAGAUAGAUAGAUAGAUAGUGUAUAUAUACACAUAUUGAUAUAAUUAUAUAUUAUAGUUUAUAUAUCCAUAUAUUAUACAGAGAACGUGGAGCAGAACUGCAUGGUGGUUACAGGCAGUGAAGUGUUAGCGAGACAUGAGUGUCCUACCGCUGUAGUAUAGAGUUCAGUAGAUUUAUGGCUAUGGGGAAAAAUACUGACCCUGAACCUGCUGGUUCUGAUGCGGAUGGUCCUGUAUCUCCUCCUGGAUGGAAGGAUGUUGAACAGUUUGUGACUAGGGUGGGAGGAGUCUUCAAUAAUUUAGUAUAUUCUGUGGUGAAGAGCCUCAAUGGCCGGUGGUCAGGCCCCGAUGAUGCGUCCAGCGCUUUUCACCAGCCUUUACAGAGAUUUCCUUUCACACACUGUGGAGCUGCCAUACCACACUGAUACAGUGGUCACAAUUGGUGGCUCCUGGUUUGUGACUGGCUUUUUUUUUUUUUUUCUUCUUCUUUUAAGAACCUUCAGGUGUUUUGUAAAAAUGCUGUUGUUCUAAAUUCUGGUUAUAAAAAUCCCAGGCUAAUUUGGAGUCAACACUAUAGAGAAAGACCCGAGCACACAAUGGAUCAAACCCAAGAAUCUGACCAUCUUGUUAAAAAGGGUGUGUUUUUAUUCAUAUAGCCAUGGAAGUAGAGGAUUUAGACCCCUGAGAGGAGCAUGCAAAGUCAAAGUGCAGACUUCACUAGCUUUCUUUUCAAUUUAUCUAAUAGCAGUUAUAAUUUUUUAACAUUACUUAUUUUCCUUUGUCUAUUUUUGAGAAUAGGCUUUAAAUGGAUUGGUCAGCGUUUUUUGCUUUUCUACCUUGUAGAAUGACUAACACUUCCUUUCUGAUCUUCCCAUCAUGCAGCGUUUUGAGAAUUUAAGCAUCAGUAAAUCAGUCUGCAAUAUAAUGGUUCAGAUGCUUUGAGGACAGACAGGAUGGAUGGAUGAAAGGAAUGAUGGUUGGAAGAAUGGAUGGAUGGAUGGAAUGAUGGUUGCAAGAAUGGAUGGAAGGAUAGAUGUAUGGGUGGAUGGAUAGAUGAAAUAAAUGAUGGUUGGAUUUAUGGGUGGUUGGAAGAAUGGAUGAGGAAGGAAGAAACGAAGGAUGGAUGGGUGGAAGGAAUGAUGGUUGGAAGUACGGAUGAGAUUUCUGAGAAUGCUGGUCGGGCUUUAAAUGGAUUGGACAGUGUUUUCUGCUGUUCUGUCUUGUCGAAUGAUGAACUCUUCCUUCCUGAUCUUCCCAUCAUGCAGUAUUUUGAAUAUUCAAGCAUCAAUAAACCAGACUGCAAUAUAAAGGGUCAGAUGCUUUGAGGACAAACAGCUGUACAGUGUUUCACCAUUUCUCAUCUGGACAUGGAUGGUCAUUUAAAGAUAUUAUACACUGCAUUUGGUUCACACUUGUGCCAUAUAUAAUCACACUUAUAAUCAUCAGCCAAUUUAUCAUGAAUGCUGUACACCUGCUCCUUUUCCAAUCAGCCAAUCGUUUAGCAUUAGCAGUGCAUCGGACAUCCAAUGAGCAGCAGUUCUGCAGCCAAUAAUGCCUGGCUUAUCGGAGAGGUCAGAAGAGAAUGUACAGGAAGUGCUACAGUGACUCUGAUAACUAUUCUCUGCAGCUGUGAUGAACUGAAAAGGUGAUGUUUUCAGUGUGUUCCUGGCUGAUGGCUGAGGAACCUGAUGAGAUGAUUUUCUGAUGGUUGUAAAAAGUGGUUCCCUGCUACUUCCUGUCAGCUCAAACCUACCAGGCCAUCCUCCAAGGCACUUAACCAAUUAGUCUUUGCUUUCAGUCCGUGCUUUCAGUUCAGCUGUAGGCACUUGUUUUGGUAAGAUUUAGAUCCUGGUUAUGGUUUAUAUAGAAGAGCAUAAUUUAAUUUAAGAAAGUUAUACCAUAACGUGUGUGUGUAUAUUUUAUAUAUGAAAUAGACACACACAUACCAUAAGUUCUUCAGCAUUAUACAUGUAACUGUAAAAGGAUAAAAGCUGUUCACUUUCAACAACUGGAAUUAAAGGUAGUGAUGAUCCUCAGAGCUGUCUCCUCUUAUCCUGGACACUGUCCAUUUAUUUUUCUUUCUCUGUCCUUGUACGUUUCUGAAUGUUUUUCUAAGUGAAUAUCAGAUAAUUCUUGUUUAUAUAUCAUUUUGUGAUUGUAAAACUCGUUCAGAAAUCGAUUCAAAUCCUUUUUGUUUU